AUGGCUAAUGCCUCCCCAGACCUGGACAACGCGGAAGCCCAGCGCCAGCUCAACAACAACAACCGACCAAUCGGCUCUGGGUUCUGGGAGACGGAGUGUACCAGCUCCAAGCUGUUCGAGUGCUCCCGCAUCAAGGCCCUGGCAGAUGAACGAGAUGCGGUGCAGAAGAAGACUUUUACCAAGUGGGUCAACUCCCAUCUGUCCAGAGUGUCCUGUCGCAUAUCUGACCUCUACAACGACCUGAGGGAUGGAUACAUGCUCACCAGACUGCUGGAGGUCCUCAGUGGAGAGCUGCUGCCGAGGCCUACACGGGGUCGAAUGCGGAUCCACUGCCUGGAGAACGUUGACAAAGCCCUCCAGUUCCUUAAAGAACAGAGGGUUCACCUGGAAAACGUUGGUUCCCAUGACAUUGUGGAUGGAAAUCACCGCCUCACGCUGGGCCUUAUGUGGACCAUUAUCCUACGCUUCCAGAUCCAGGUGAUCAAAAUAGAGACAGAGGACAACAGAGAAACCCGCUCUGCCAAGGAUGCCCUACUGCUCUGGUGCCAGAUGAAGACCGCAGGGUACUCUGAGGUCAACAUCCAGAAUUUUACCACCUGCUGGAGAGACGGCCUCGCCUUUAACGCCCUCAUACACAGACACAGACCUGACCUAAUAGAGUUCCACAAGUUGACGCGGUCCAAUGCAACCCACAACCUCCAGCAAGCCUUCAACAUCGCUGAGCAGCACCUGGGCCUGACCAAACUCCUGGACCCUGAAGAUGUGAACACAGAGAACCCAGACGAAAAGUCCAUCAUCACCUAUGUGGUCUCCUACUACCACUACUUCUCCAAGAUGAAGGCUCUUAUUGUGGAGGGCAAGAGGGUUGGAAAGGUACUGGACAAUUGUAUUGAGGCAGAGAAGAUCAUCAACCGCUAUGAGGCUCUGGCGUCAGACCUGUUGGACUGGAUAGAAAAGACCAUCGCGGUCAUCAGUAACCAGAAGUUUGCCAACUCGUUGACCGGAGUUCAGCAGCAGCUACAGGCCUUCACAACCUACUGCACCAUAGAGAAACCCAUCAAGUUUCAGGAGAAGGGGAAUCUUGAGGUCCUUCUCUUCACAAUCCAAAGCAAACUCAGAGCCAACAACCAGAAACCCUAUGUGCCUCAUGAUGGGAAGCUCAUCUCAGACAUCAACAAGGCCUGGGAGAGGCUGGAGAAGGCGGAACACGAGAGGGGCGUGGCUCUGCGUAAGGAGCUGAUUCGUCAGGAGAAGCUGGAGCUGCUAGCUCAGCGCUUUGACCACAAAACCACCAUGAGACAAGCCUGGCUCAAUGAGAACCAGAGACUUGUAUCACAGGACAAUUUUGGCUAUGACCUACCAGCAGUUGAGGCGGCAAUGAAGAAACACGAGGCCAUCGAGGCGGACAUAGCCUCAUAUGAAGAGCGAAUCGGCGUGGUGGUGGAGCUCGCUGCAGAGAUGGAGGCAGAAGGAUACUACGACAUCCGGCGUAUCUCGGCACGAAAGGAGAACAUCCUGGGCCAGUGGAGUCUGCUGAAGGAGCUGGUGGCUGGGAGGAGGACCCGGCUGGAGAAGAACCUGGCCCUGCAGAAGACUUUUCAGGACAUGGUCUACAUGAUCGACUGGAUGGAGGACACACAGGUCCAGCUGCUGUCGAAGGACUUCGGGAAGCAUCUUCUGGAGGUAGACGACCUGCUGCAGAAACACAGCCUGCAGGAAGCCGACAUUACAGUGCAGGCUGAGAGGGUCGAGACACUCAACACCGCUGCACUCAAAUUCACCACUAUAGAGGGUUACCAACCAUGUGACCCGCAAGUUAUCUGUAACCGUGUCAAUCAUGUCUCCUCCUGUCUGGAGGAGCUGAAACAACUGGCAGCUAAAAGACGCACUGAGCUUGAAGAGUCGAGACAGCUAUGGGCGUUCUUUCAGGAGCUGGAGGAGUCGGAGGCCUGGAUCAGGGAGAAGAGCUCCAUCUUGGGUGCUCAGGGUUUUGGGAAGGACCUGAGCAGUGUGCUGAAGUUACUACAAAAACACAAGACUCUGGCUGGAGAACUGCUGGCUCACCGGUCGCUGCUGCAGAACACCAUGAAGCGAGGAAAGCAGAUCCUGAGUGAAAAGAGCUUUGGCACGGCGGGGAUCCAGGAGCACAUCAUGGAUGUGAAGAGCGAGUGGAAGAGGUUGGAGGACCAAGCUGCUCAGCGUCUUGGCCACCUACAGGAGGCGCUAAACUUUUUUCAGUUCUCCACGGAGACGGACGACCUGGUGGCCUGGCUGCAGGAUGCUUACCGCCUGGUGUCCAGUGAAGACUUCGGGCAUGAUGAGUACUCCACACAGUCCCUGCUAAAGAAACACAGAGGAGUCAGCGAGGCCAUCGACAAACAUCGUCUGCAUGUAGUGGCACUGCGCAAACACAUGGUGGCGCUGCCUCUGCGUUACCGUGAUCAGGAGGAGGUGCAGGUGCGCAUGGGAGAGGUGGAGCAGCUGUAUACGGAAGUGAUUGAGGUGGCGGUGCUCAGACAGCAGUGGCUUCACGAUGCCCUUGCGGUCUACCGCAUGUUCAGCGAGGUCAACGCCUGCGAGCUGUGGAUUGAUGAGAAGGAGCAGUGGCUGGACAAGAUGGAGAUCCCAGAGAGACUGGAGGAUGUGGAGGUGGUGGCACAUAGGUUUGAGAGCCUGGACCAGGAGAUGAACAGCCUGAUGGGAAGGAUCCUGGACGUUAACCAGAUAGUUCAGCAACUCCUGGAUGGAGGUCAUCCAUCUUCUACAGAGGUCAGAGGUUGUCAAGACCACCUCAACUCCAGGUGGAACAGCAUUGUGGAGCUGGUGGAGCAGAAGAAAGAUCAGCUGGACUCGAUGUUACGACUGCAGAACUACCUGCUGGAGUGUGCUGAGAUCAAGUCCCAGAUCCAGGACAAGAGAAAGGCCAUCGAUGCCACUCAGUACAUGGGCAGCGACCUGGGAGGAGUCCUGGCACUGCAGAGACGUCUCUCUACCAUGGAGGGAGCCCUGUCUGUCCUGGAGCCCAAACUGUUGCAUCUACAGGAAGAGGCCGAGCAUCUAGCAACCGUCCACCAAGGUCGGGCCAUGGAGGUUCUUGUGCCGUUUGAUGGCAUCAGUCUGGAGUGGGAGGAGCUGAAACGCACCCUGCAGGGCUGUGAGGACUCGCUGAUGGUGGCUAGCAGGCUGCAGAGCUUCAUACAGGACCUGGACUCCUUCCUCACCUGGUUGGUCCAGACGCAGACGGCGGCUGCCUCAGACCAGCUGCCCAACGACCUGGAGGAGGCAGAGAGACUCAUCAACAAACAUGCUGCCCUAAAGGAGGAGAUCGGACGAUAUGAAGAAGACUACGAGCGCUUGCAGGCCAUGAAUGAGCUGCUGGAGUCCGAGGAGGCUCCGCUCCCUCAGGCCGCCCUGCAGCAGUGGCUCCAGAAGCUCGAUGUCGGCUGGAACAAACUGCUGGAGAUGUGGGAGAGCAGGAGAGAGGUUCUGGUCCAGGCUCACAUUUUCCAUCUGUUCCUGCGAGAUGUCAAACAGGCCGAGUCCUUCCUCAACAACCAGCUGGGGGACUGGGUGUGUGAGAAGAUGCUGAUGGCGAGGGACAGCAGCCGAGACGAGACCCAGAAGCUUCACAAGAAAUGGCUGAAGCACCAGGCCUUCAUGGCCGAGCUGGCCCAGAAUAAGGAAUGGCUGGACAAAAUUGAAAAGGAGGGCCAGCAGCUGAUCCAGGAGAAGCCGGAGCUCAGCCCUGUGGUCCGGAAGAAGUUGGGGGAAAUCAGGGAGUGCUGGCAGGAUCUGGAGAGCACCACUCAGGCCAAAGCCCGUCAGCUCUUCGAGGCCAACAAGGCAGACCUGCUGGUGCAGAGCUACGAAAGCCUGGACCAGAGACUGGGACAGCUGGAAGGUCAACUGGUUUACGUGGACCAGGGACAGGACCUCACCACUGUCAACAAGCAGCUGAAAAAACUACAGACCAUGGAGACCCAGAUGGAGGAGUGGUAUAGGGAGGUGGGGCAGCUCCAGGUGCAGGUGGCCACCAUCCCGCAGCAGACACAGAUCAAGGAGACGGUUGCCGGGCGCCAGGCAGCCGUGGAGGCCAGGAUGGUGCGUCUGAUCGAGCCGCUGAAGGAGAGGCGACGCAUCCUGCUGGCGUCUAAAGAAGUUCACCAAGUUGGACGAGACCUGGAGGAUGAGAUUUUGUGGAUCCAGGAGCGCCUCCCGAUGGCCAUGUCUCAGGAGCACGGCUCCACUCUCCAGGCAGUCCAGCAGCUCAUGAAGAAGAACCAGACACUUCAGAGGGAGCUUCAGGGUCACAGGGGCAGGAUCGAGGACGUCCUGGAGAGAGCAGGGAUCAUCGCUUCCAUACGCAGCCCUGAGGCCGACUGCGUCAGGGCGGGCCACGACCAGCUGGCCCAGCUGUGGGCUCUGCUCUGGGCCGAGACCGAGAGGAGGCAGUUGAUCCUGGACGCCAUGUACCAGGCCCAGCAGUACUACUUUGACACAGCCGAGGUGGAGGCCUGGCUGAGCGAGCAGGAGCUGCACAUGAUGAAUGAGGAGAAGGGGAAGGACGAGCCAAGCACACUGCAGCUGCUGAAGAAACACUUGGUCCUGGAACAGACCAUUGAGGACUAUGCUGAGACCAUCGGCCUGCUGUCACAGCAAUGCCGACAGCUGCUGGAGAUGGGGCAUCCAGACUGCGAGCAGAUCAGCAAGCGUCAGUCGCAGAUCGACCGUCUGUAUGUGUCUCUGAAGGACCUGGUGGAGGAGAGGAAGAGCCGCCUGGAGCAGCAGUACUGGCUCUACCAGCUCAACAGGGAAGUGGACGAGCUGGAGCAAUGGAUCGCUCAGAGGGAGGUGGUCGCCAGCUCGCCCGAACUGGGUCAAGACUUUGAGCAUGUCACUGUCCUGCAGGAGAAGUUCACAGAGUUUGCGUCAGAGACGGGAAGUGUGGGGCAGGAACGAGUGACUGCCGUCAACCAAAUGGUGGACGAGCUCAUCGACUACGGCCACUCGGAGGCCGCCACCAUCGCUGAAUGGAAGGACGGGGUGAACGAGGCUUGGGCCGACCUGCUGGAGCUCAUGGAGACCCGGGCGCAGAUGCUCGCUGCUUCACACCAGCUUCAUAAGUUCUUCUCUGACUGCAGAGAGGUUUUGGCCCAGAUUGAGGACAAACAUCGAAGGCUGCCGGAGGUUCGGGCUCGGCAGGGCAGCACUGCCAACACCAGCACCCUGCAGAGACUCCUGCACAGCUUUGAACAGGACAUACAGCUGCUCGUCACGCAAGUGCGUCAGCUGCAGGAGAGCGCAGCCCAGCUGAGGACGGUGUACGCUGGCGAGAAGGCUGAAGCCAUAGCGUGCCGCGAGCAUGAAGUGAUGCAGUACUGGAAAGAGCUGCUGACAUCCUGCGAGGAGUGUCGAGUGCAGAUUACCACUGAGACGGACAAGCUGAGGUUCUUCAGCAUGGUCCGAGAUCAGAUCACGUGGAUGGAAUCUAUCAUUUGUCAGAUAGGGACAGGAGAGAAGCCCAGGGACGUGUCCUCAGUUGAGGUGCUGAUGAAUUAUCACCAGAGUCUGAAGAGCGAAGUGGAGGCUCGCAGCCGGAGCACCCUGGAGUGUAUCGAGAUGGGCAAAACCCUGCUGGCAGCUAGAAACCCAGCAUCUGAAGAGAUCAAGGACAAGCUCGAAAAAGUGGUUGCUAAGCAACAUGAGCUGUCUGAGAAGUGGGACAAGCACUGGGAAGUCCUACAGCAAUUGUUGGAGGUUCACCAGUUUGCCCAGGAGGCGGUCGUGGCGGAGGCGUGGCUGACCGCUCAGGAGCCUUUCAUAAACAGCAAGGAGCUGGGCGGGAGCGUCGACGAGGUGGAGCAGCUGAUUCGUCGCCAUGAAGCCUUCCGCAAAGCCGCCGCCACCUGGGAAGAGCGAUUCAGCUCACUGCGACGACUCACCACGGUCGAAAAGUUGAAAGCAGAGCAAAGCAAACUCCCCCCGACCCCUCUGCUGGGUCGUAAAGUCUUCCUUGACCCCCAAGAUGCCUCACCAAGUCCAUCCACCCUCCCCCGCCUCCCAAUCUCCCCCGUCACAAGACAGACCAUCUAUGAACAGAACGAAGCCAGCUCUCCUCCAUCGCCCUCACCUGCCACGCCAACACCCUCUCCUACGUCUGUGGCUCGUCGGCUGGGGUCGACAGUCGCUAACUACACCCCUGUGAUGAACGGCUCCAGCUACCGCCAUACCCUGGAGGCGCGGCAUGGCAGCGUAGUGGGUGUGGCUGCUGGACUAGGUCAGCCCGCGCCUUCCUCGAUUGCCUCAGUUGCCACGGCGGCCAUGCUAGUCUCAGCCAACCAGGUGCGAGAGAGUGCCAGUGCGACAAAAGACCAAGCAGCAAAGGUAAUGAGUCACCUCCAGCCUCCAGUACAGGCGGCGAGGACACUGGAGGUAAAAUCAUCCCCGUAUCUACGGCAACCCAAAAUCAAACACUUGGAUGAUGCAGUGACGCCGCUGCUUGUGGCCAGCCGGCUGGAGAAAGCGAGGGAGAGGGAGAGGGGGAGGGAGAGAGAGAUAAUGAUGGGAGAGAUAGGGACGGAGAAGGCGGAAGUGGCUGUGAUGGCCGAGGUGGUGCUCCAGGAGCCGAGCCGGGAGCGUCUGCACAGCGAGCCCACCAGAGGGCCACGGGGGUCCAGGACUGACCCAUUAGGCCACGCUGAGCCCCAGGUCCAGACCCACACCUACCACAGGGACCACAGGAUAGAAAGGCAGCUGUCUAGCGAGCAGUUGAUCCAGGCGCGCAGGGACGAGUUGCCUCAGGAGGUAUGGAGGGAACAUGCAGAGAGGAGGGAGAGACGGACGCUGGAGAGGCAAACGUCCAGCGAGCAGGAGGGCCACGGGGGCCACGAGGGCCGGCGAAGAGAGAGGGAUCGACACCGGGUGGAGAGACAUGAAUCCAGUGAGCACGACACCGCGAAGGAGCAGUCAGACAGACGCUCAGGAGGAGGAGAAAAGAGAUCCACCCUGGCAGAAAUUGUAGAGCAGCUGCAAGAAAGAGAAGCGGCGCAGGCCCGUGGUGAGGUGCCCCGCCUGCCUAACGGGUUACCAGAGAAGUCUUCCCGUCCCGAACGGCCUCGAGCUCGGGACAGACCAAAACCGCGGCGCCGACCACGACCCAAAGACGCAGGAGAGGCGACAACGCGGCGGUCCAGGUCUGCUCCGGCCCAGAGCAGCCCGGCAGUUCCCCAGCCUCCAACACACACCGCACACCACGAGGGCUUCCUUUUCCGCAAACUGGACAUCGAGACCCUGAAGAAGAGCACCAAUAGGUCAUGGGUCAACCUGUACUGCGUGCUGAACAAAGGGGAGAUGGGUUUCUACAAGGACGCCAAGAACACCACCACGCCCUACAACAACGAGCCGCUGCUCAACCUCUCCCACUGCCACUGCGACGUCACCAACGGCUACAAGAAGAAGAAGAACGUCUUCACGCUCAAAACGAAGGACGGUAGCGAGUUUUUGUUUCAUGCAAAAGAUGAGGAUGACCUCAAAACGUGGGUGACCAACAUCACCGCCAGUAUAUCGGAGCACGAGGAGAUUGCCAAAUGGGGUCAGCCCCAACCAACUACCUCAUCCACCGACGAGGGCACACGCCGUGACGGCAGCAAGGCGGACAACAGGUCAGAGCGAGGUGGCGAGCGCUCAGACCGGGCCGAGCGGAUUGAAAAGGCAGAAAAAGAGCGGGAGAAAGAGAGAGAGAAGGAGAAGGAAAAAGAGCGGGAGCGAGGCGAAAGGUCGGAGAGGUCAGAUCGUGGCGGGAAGUCGGACGCGAAGCGCUCAGAAAAAUCUGGUAAGAAAAAGUGAGCCGGGUGACUGGAUUGGUCGGGAUUGAAGCAUAUGAACUCCGGAGGAGGCGGGGCCGUAGACUGGUAGUGAACGCCCCCCUCCUUCUCUCCGCCUCCAACACUGUCAACAAAACGGUUGUGUUUGGAUGGAAGGUGACACACAGGACAGAGGGACUGACCCAGGCUCACUCAUAGGACGGACAGGACGGAUUUGGAGCAGGAGACAUCUUUCUCUUUCUCUCUCUCUUCUUCUGUGUCUCUGUGAGAACGCACAGAGUCCAAUGACGCUCCGCCUACGCCCCCCUGGUGGCUGUUUCAGAGAACUGCAGAGAGAAUUUUCGUAGCUGCUGAACCCCGGGCAGCGUUAACGCGAGAGAGAGACGGGACACGCAUCAUGUUAACUCAAAGGCUGUUACUGAUUGCUGGUAGUGCGAUAAAACGUAGCUCAUUCUGUUCCAUGUUUGUUUUUUCUAUGAGAUGAGCUGUAUCUGUAUGUAUUCCUCGUCUGUCUGUCCUAUCUACUGUAUCUAUCUGUCUGUCUGUAAGUCGAAGACAUCCUACACUAUGAAAUCGAAAGAGAAUUGAAUUAUGCCAAAAUGUUUUACAGACAUUCAAACUUAGAGGAACUGUUUUCUCCACUUUGUCUGAUCUGUCUUGAGGUCUGGCCAUGAAAAAAUGUGGAACUGAAAACUGAAAUUGGUUUUACUAUGGUACCAAACGGCACUGAAACCACGUUCAUCCAAACUCACCACGGAUGAAUCAACACUGAUAAACAGCUACAGUACUGCGCUGGUUCUAGGAAGUUAGAAACAUGAUGAUUUAAGACAACAGAAGAGUAGAUGGCCGACCAAGGUGACGAACUUCAAAAUAAUCAGGUGCAUAAAAAAUGUUUAAUCAUUGCUCAGAAAUUAAUAGAAUACAUCCAAAGGCUUGAAAUCUUGACCUUAAGAACACAACAAAUUGAAAUUUUCUUACAUUUAGUGUUGAAAUCUGCCCACAAAGAGCAAACAGAGCUGUUUUCCUUUGUGGGUUUAUUUAGUAUUAAAUAUGUUUCUCAUUAAGAUUUCUGCCAGACAGAUGGGUCAUAAGGUGUUUAACCUGUGACAUAAAGACUACAGGACGGUAUGAUCACUGCAGCCACUUGAGCUCUCUAGUCUUCAAUUCAUAAAAAGAAAACAACAACAUAUGUACAGUUCUUGGCUCAGUGAUCAGAAAAAGAUAAAAAUUCAUAUUAAUCUGAUGGGGCUUCAUUCAUUAAAAUGUUUAAUUUCAAUAUAAUUAACGUUCAAAAUCGAUAAAACAGCAAAAAAAUUCUAGCAUUCAUAUUUUGGGUAACUUUAGAGUUACGUUUUAAUAUUUCAAAGAAAUUGGUGACAUUUAUUGUAACCUGCUGAUUUUAGCAUCAGGAUCAGUUUUCCAUAAAUUACAUGUUUGGCUUUUGGUCAUAAGCACAAAAUCUGCGGCUGGCAUGUUUUUAAUGAAUGAGGCCCUCAGGCUGAAAAACAGGCCUCAUCUACUCUUUUAUUCUCUUACAACAUCAAACUCCUCGUUGGAUAUUCUCUUUGACUUAUUCACACAAAUCUGUUGCAUCCUUUUUUUAUACAGAAUUCAAAAUAUCUUGUUUUUGUGUGUGCAUUUG